AUGAUUCGUUCAAACGUUAUUGCCGCUUCUGACAAUACGACAAGCGAAACAUCAAUUCUGCAGUUACAAACAAUACUCAAUACGAGCACCAAUAGCAAAGAAGAGAAGAGACCAUACUUGCCAACCGGAAAAGUCACCAUAAUGGAUCCUGAGACAAAAUCGUUGUCGAAGGUAGAUGUAUUACUGGAUACAGGGGCUGAAACCUCAUUUUUAGGCUCCACGCUUGCUGCAAAACUUCAUUUGCCUGUGGUCGAAGAAAGAAGAAUUAAGCUGCACACCUUCGGUUCACAAGAUACCAAAGAACGGAGAUGCAAACUCGUCAGAAUGGAAGCCUACAUUUACUACCUACAAAAUUGGGAUACCUUUAUUUCGGGAAAACGUCAAAAGGAGAAUCCAGCGGUAUUACAAGUUUCUCGAGACUCUGAAGAAUUCGAUGAAUGGGACCGCAAUUGGUCAAUGGAUGUCGCUCAAGUCCUCACAAUCUCCACAUCUGAGCAAGAAAUCAUCGAAGAUGAAAAAGAUCAGUGGGAAAAGUUCUGGUCUAUGGAUGCAGCCGGUAUGGAAGAAUUUGCCAGCACCGAGAAAACGGCUCGUGCUAAGAUGGACAAGAUUCUUUGGGACCGAUUCAAUGAAACCAUCGAACAAAGGGUAGACGGAUAUUACGUUACUCUUCAUUGGAAAGAUCAAUACCCGCAUUUGCCAGACAAUAAAGCGAUAGCCUACAGACGCUUAGUUAGCGUGUGGAAUUCGCUGAGUAAGGACGAGCAGCUCCUGGAUAGAUACAAUAGCGUAUUCAAAGACCAUCAGAAGAUCAUCGAGAUUGUUCAAGAAGGAGAUCCUGUACAGGGAAAUCAAGUGCACUACAUUCCACAUCAACCGGUUCUAACUCCGCAGAAAACAACAACGAAAGUGCGCAUAGCCUUUGACGCAUCGGCUCACUACAAGGGAUCUCCGUCUCUAAACGAUGUGCUGUACAGAGGGCCGGUAAUACUACCUCCUUUGUAUGGCCUUCUGCUACGAUUCCGAAUAGGGAAAAUAGCAAUCUCUAUUCCUGUUGGCAGGAACGACGUACUACCACCUUAA